UUUAAUCCCGCUGUCCGCCCACAACACUCUUCCCCAGUAUUUUUGUGCCAUUUUCAGCGCUGGCUUAUCGCUGGCGCGGGAUAUUUCUCAACCUCGUGGUUUGCAAGGAUUACUUUGCAAAAACCGGGCGAAAAUUUCAUUACAAAAAUCUAAACCCUUCGAAGUUCCAUAAUGUCUGAUCCUGCUCAAGAAGAUCUGUCGGGCAGUGAAGGAGAUCAGAUGGGCAGUUCUCCUCCAAAUGACACUGCAAUUCAACUUAUGCAAAAUCCUCAACUCCUGGCAGCACUUCAGGGAGGCCUUAGCCGAAUAGUUGGAACACAGUCUGGUUACAUUCAAAGUCUCCCUAAACCAGUGAAACGAAGAUUAAAGGCUUUAAAAAAUUUACAGGUUGAAUGUUGCAAAGUGGAAGGGCUAUUUUAUGAGAGGGUACAUGCCCUUGAAUGUGAAUUUGCAGAAAAGUUCAAACCAUUGUUUGAAAAGCGUCGCAACAUUGUCAAUGGGCAAGUUGAACCUACAGAGGAGGAAUGCCAAUGGCCAAGUGAUGAGGAAGAUGAUGAUAAUGAGGACAAAGAUGAGAAAAAAGAGGAAGAUGUUACACAGUUGACUGGUGAAGUGAAAGAAAAAGUGAAAAUAGAGGAGGAAGAGAAGCUCGAGAGUUCAGAACUAACAGAUGAUGUCAAAGGUAUACCAGAGUUUUGGUUGACAGCAAUGAAGAAUGUGGAUUUGUUAGCUGACAUGAUACAGGAACACGAUGAACCAAUUUUGAAGCAUCUCCUUGAUAUCAGAGUCAUUUUUACUGGGCCAGACAGUAAUGUUGACACAACGCAGUAUCCUCAACCUACACCAAUGGGCUUUGUGCUGGAAUUCCACUUCUCACCAAACCCUUAUUUUACAAAUACUGUCUUAACCAAGAGUUAUAAAAUGAAAUGUGAGCCAGAUGAGGAAGAUCCAUUUUCUUUUGAGGGGCCAGAAAUCAUCAGCACAUCUGGCUGCAAUAUUGACUGGAAGAAAGGCAAGAAUGUAACACAGAAAGUUGUAAAGAAAAAGCAAAAGAAAAAGGGCUCUGGUGGCAGAGGACAAACAAGAUUUGUCAGCAAAACAAUAAAAAAUGACUCUUUCUUUAACUUCUUCUCCCCACCAGAAGUUCCUGAGGAUGAGGCAGAUAUGGAUGAGGAAACAGAGGCCCUCUUAUCAGCUGACUUUGAAAUUGGUCAUUUUUUCAGAGAAAGAAUAAUUCCAAAGGCUGUUCUGUAUUUUACUGGAGAAGCCCUCGAAGAGGAGUUUGAAGAAGAAGAGGAUGAAGGUGAAGAUGACGAGGAAGGGGAGGGUGAUGAAGAGGAAGAUAGCGACCCCGAUUACCAACCACCCCCGGACGGUGACAAACCACAGGAAUGUAAGAAUCAGUAAACGCAGAUUCGAUUUCUUUUUGAAGAAAACUUUCCUUGAAAGAAAAUCCAAUUUGUGGCGCUUUUGAUUGACUUUGCCCUUGAGACCAGGAGUGAUUGACAUAGCCUUGGAUAUCAGGAUUGAAAGCCAUUCAUGUAUUUAUUUUAACACGUUCAUUUAACAGCUAAUUCGAUGCUGGGAAAGUCACUUCUUGUCAGUGAAGUCUCGUUUGCAGCUUUGUCUCGUAGUUCCCUCUGCAAAUAGUUCGCGCACAAAAAGGUUCUUCGUUCACUUGUUAACGUAGGAAUCCAAUGUUUUGCCUAGGCACUGCAAGAUGUAAGACAAUGAAUCUCAUUCGUUGCAUGAAAAUUGAUUUUGUGAGUCGAUUAGACGCGAGAGAGGAGAAGGAGCAAAGCUUGCAGAACUGCGCCCGUGUGAAAACCGAGGAUAACGUCAGAGAAAGGGUAAAAAGAAAAUGAAAACAACUGCGGAUGUAACUGUAAACUAAACUAUGAAUGUGUCUUGUGAAAAUAAGUACUGAAUGAAGAGUAGACAUUGUGCAUAAGAGGUUGAGGAAAAUAUAUUUGCGAUCUUUACGGAAGAUGUUGUUCGUGGAGGAAAAGUAUAUUUAUAUGUUGAUGUUAUUCACACACCAUUCUAUAAAAUCAUCAAUACAGUUGUGUCGUGAAAUUUAAGGCUUGAAUUGCGUGGGAGAAUCCUUGCACUCUCUUUUUACAGACAAAUUUUGCUCGGAAUUGUAGAAUCUUUCUCAGUCCAAAUAAAUAAAAGGUGAAACUUUUUAGAGGAGA